ACAUGAUCAACUUCACGUAGCAGCACUGGAAACGUAUUCAGAUAGCUUACCAGCUGUUUUAAUCAAGAACACAACCUUCCAAGCUUUGGCCUUAUUAUUUUGACAUGGAGUCUACACUUGAACAGCAUCUUGACGACACCAUGAAAAAUCCGGCCAUUGUUGGCGUUCUCUGCACUGAUCAACAAGGACACAAUCUAGGGUGCAGAGGUUCAUUAUCAGAUGAGCAUGGCGGCGUGGUUUCUGUGUUGGCACGGCAAGCAGCCACACUCACACGAGACCCAACUGACCUGAACCCCACUGUGUGUCUUGAGUCUGACUCGGGAAAUAUAUUGAUACGGCCACAUGGAACAAUCACAGUAGCUGUACACAAGAUUGCAUCCUGAAGCAACUGCCUUCGAUUCCUUAUUUAUUGUUUUCCCAUCAUUUCCAGGCUGCAUUGCAAGAGUCAUCGUAGUCUAAUGGUUUAAUGGCAUCCUAAAAUCCCAGUAUGCAAUAUGAGGAUGACAUGGGAACACACUGUAGAAAAAGAAUGAUUGAGAAAAAUAAAUUUUUUAGCAACUCAACAUCAGUAUCACAAAGCUGAGAAUAAUGAUUAGCCUAGUGCUACUAUUUAACAUGGGCUGAAGUUUAUUUUAAAUGAAUAUACUAAUAAUGCUUUAAGGCCUAAACUGCCGUGGAAGACAUUUACUUUUAUGCUUACUUUUUAUUAAACCCUUUUUUUUCAUAAUAUAUUUCCUGGUUGGUCACAACUCUCUAUACUCUGCUAAAUCUUCAAAAUUCAAAAAUAUUCAGCCAAUAAAAUGGAUUUUAACCAACAA